AUGCCUAGCUGGGCAGAUGUGUUCACCGCCCAGAAGCUUACGACUCUUAACUCCUCUUCGAGACGCUUCAGAAGGUCCAUCGAGGAAGCCCUCAAGUACGGGAAGACCCCUGCCGGAAAGCGAGUGGAUGUCGCCAAGGUGCGGCAACUUCAAUCGCUAGGUUACGACCCCGCUCUCGCCGGCGAGGCCCUCCGCCAGUCGGAGAACGACCUCAACGUUUCGCUCAAUGCGCUGGUGGACCCUGAGGCCAACACCGCGCUCCAGGUUCUGCUGGACCAACGGAACGACAGCAAGCGGAAGCGGAACCGGGAGGAGGCGGAAGUGGACGGACAAGCGCUGGAGGAGAUCGUGGCAAUGGGCUUCGACCGCUCCAUCGCUACCGAAGCCCUGAAACAGAGCUUCAACAACAAAAGCGCGGCACUGGAGAAGCUCCUUCAGGGUGAGGUCACCCUGCCAGCCCCUUCGGACGCCGGCCCAAGCACGUCGCACCAAAACGCCGACGGAGGGGCGACAAAUGGUUCCACCGACUUCGGUGCGACUGGCCAGGCAGAUGUCGGCGUUAAUGGGCUCGGAGAUGCCGGUGUGAAUGACCCUGGUGCCCAAGAUGAACCAGAGGAGCGGCGAGACGCGGAAAUGGAGGACGAGAUUGUGGAGGGGGUCACGGGGGAUCCCCUUGCGCAAUAUGACGUGGACGUCAGUAAGGAGGGGGAAGUAAUCCAGGAGUAUCUGGCGCUAUUGGAAAGCGCGGCGGCCCAAGCAGCUGGAUAA